AACUUGCAGAAGCAUCAACUCUGCCGGUUUUGAACGAUUCGAAGCUCUUGUCGAAUCUCUCUUCUCUGAUAUUGGAACUGCACACCGCGGUGAAAACCGUUGCUGGUUUAGAGGACUCUUUAGAACGUGUUUUUGUUUCCUUCUGGAGCUUUCGUUUGGCUCGGCAUUUGAUCUGAGGGCAUGUUUAGUCUUUGAUUUUUGUCAACAAAACAGUGUAUGUUGGUUUUGCUGGAAUGUUAACCCAUUCCUAAGGGCAUUUAUUCGGACUGCGUCAGCCCGCUGAUUUGGGGGCGGGGAAGGGAUGUAUAACACGUCGAGAGUGGCUGUGAGAGUCCUUCGGUUAUACAAUGGGAAAGACGUUUAGACAUAUUUGUUGUUAAGUUGAGCUCAAAUGGAUUUGGAGGUUAAAGGAGUUGCUGCAUCUCCAAGAAGGCAAGCACCACUGUCUGCAAGGAAAAACACACUUGUUCAAGGAUGGAGGCCUCAUAUAAAAUCAGUCCAUGGUCCUCGGCCAGCAGAAGUUCCAUGCCUUGACUUGGGGAAGUUAGCAGAUUCAGAGGAUGAGGAUGGAGGUACAUCAUACAGAGCUGGGUAUCCUCAUAUUGGUUCUCCAUAUUCACCAACUAUUGGCUGGGGCACUCCAUUACAAAGUCCUUAUGCACAGCAUCAUAGCAUUCAGCAGAUGGCAAGAAAAUCUAGCCAGAAGAAAGCUGAGCUUCCUUUGUGUGAACAAAAAAUAGUACCAGAAGAUCUGCCACCCCCAACAGAAACAUACAAAUUGAAGUAUCAGCAGUAUGAAGCAGAAAUGAAAGAGGGAUAUAAACAGUAUUCACAAAGAGCUUCAGAAAAGAAAGUAAAGAAUGACCAGUCUCAUGAAUCUCCAAGAAAAAUAACUCAGCAAAAGGAGUUACAGCCAGAAAAUCAAAUGGAUGAUGAACUGACAAUUCUUGAUGAGAAAGCUCUGUUGCAGCAAUGCUAUACAAACAAACCCUACACAAUGCAACACAGCAUAAAGAAACUAGAAGCUGAUGAUGUAGCAGCAGAGAGAAGAAAGCAAACUGUAGUGGAACAAGUGAUGAUAGAUCAGUUAUCUAGAGCUGUGAUAAGUGACCCGGAGCAAAAUAGAAAUUCUGAUACUUAUGAGAAGGAUCCUGUCCUUCCAGGGUUAAGAACAGCACCUCUGCGCUUUAGGAAAAGAACAUUACAUGAAACAAAAAUAAGAACUAGGUCAGCAUUAACUGAAAAUGUGCUUUCCAACAAGUUACGGUUUGAUGGUAGAUUGAUAUCAAGAAACGGACGUGAUGCUUGUCGAGAACUGAUUGGAUUUUUUUUUGCUUAUGACAAAUCUCUAACUCUAUAUGAAUAUCGACAGUUUGGUAAAAAUAGAACAAAUGCAUUACCUUUCAUUCAGAAGGGAGUUUAUAGUCAUCAGCGUGGACAAAGAAAAGGAAAACAAUAUACUCUUAAUGACUUCUAUGUUGGAGCAGACCUAACAUUUCUGAGCCUUCAUCAUCCUGGCCUUCCAGAAAGUAUUAAGCAGACACCUGUAUUUACAAUCCGUGUCACAAAUAUCGAUGAAACUGCUAGAGCUUUUCUAAAGUCUGCUGAUCUCACAAAUGAGGAACAUCCUAUCAAACAGGAAGAGGAUGGCAAGAGUAUUUUUAGGAGGGUUCAAGAUGGGCUAAAAAAAAAACUAAGUAAAAGAGGAGUUCGUAUUGUAACCAGAUUAGGAAAGUACUUCCGAGAACUGGACAAGAAACAAAAUGGAGUUCUCACAAAAGCAGACUUCAAGCAAGCACUAAAAGUGUUUUGCUUAGAAGUUCCUGAUGAGGAUUUUGAAACUUUGUGGUUAAUACUUGAUGACAACAAUAAUGAUGAAAUUAAUUUUAUUGAGUUUAUCCGUGCCGUUCUUGGAGAAAUGAAUGAAUAUAGGAAAGCAUUUGUCAGAAAGGCUUAUAUGAAACUGGAUUACAACAAAACUGGCAGUGUGCCUAUGGUAAAUAUUAGGAAAUGCUAUUGUGCCAGAAAACAUCCUCAAUUCCUAGCAGGUAAUGCAACAGAGGAGGAAAUUAAAUCUUCAUUUCUAGAAACACUGAAGGAUGCCUGCAGUGAUCCUACUGAAGUUUCAUUUUGUGAAUUUGAGGAUUAUUAUGAAGGAUUAAGUAUUGGAAUUAUGGAUGAUGAAGAUUUUGUUAACAUACUGAGGAAUCCAUGGGGAAUUUAGAAUACAUUGUACUGACAUGAUAUGUAGCCAAAGAAAGUCAUAACUAAAUCCCAUGAAAUGGUUGAGAUAAGUUAGUUGUGACCAACUUAGUCCCAUUGAUUUCAUUGGGACUUAGUCAUGACUCAAUUGUCUUGGAUCAAACCAGUUGUAAAUAUCUGAGUGCUAGCAUUUGGCAAGCAUUAACUACUGAAUGAAAAUGUAAUAGAUUGACCUGAAUAGUCUGAACAUAUUUCAGUAAAUGUUAAACUCUUUUUUUUUUUUUUGCUAAAUAUUUUAAUAAGAAAACUGUUUUUACUAAGUUUUGGCACAAGUUCAGAAUAUUUUUCUUCCUCUUAAACUGUCAGUGGGAUCACAUUCUAGAUGACGGUUUUCCUGAAAUUAAAUAGGUGAAUUGUGAAACUGGAGAAAAGGAUAUAUGUGAGAGGCAGUUACAAAUGUGCUCUAUCAAGGGUGUAAUAUAUAUAAUUGAUUUUUUUUUAAAGUGACAGUAUCGAGUGAUCAUUAUGACGUUUUUGAAAAAUGAUUAUUCCUAGCAGGUUUGUAUAGAGAAUUUGAAAAGAUUUGGAAGUUCUGCUAGUUGACUGUCUAGCCCCAAAGUAUACAUACAUAGACAAGCUGGUGCCAGGGGUGGAGCCACCACUGGGCGAAUGGGUUUAAAGAACCCGGGCUGCCACCAAUCAGGGGCUGCGAGUGCGGCCCCAGACACUCCCCCCGCAUCUGAGGUCAGACGCGGGGGUGUUAUUUUGGUCCCAAACAGCGCCGCACGGCCCCGUUUGGAGCCUAAAUGGGCCCGUGCUGCAUCAGCGCAGUCAGAGUGACUCUCCCUGCCCUAAAGGCAGGGAGAGCCGCUCCUGGUCUCACUGCCAACGCAGCGGGGCCGAUCGAUCUCCCUUCCAAAUGAGGCCACGGAGCCCCAUUUAGGAGAGCGAUCAGCCCACACUGCAUUGGCAGCGCCAAUGGUGGUGGCAGCAGCGGUGCCUUUAAGGCAGGGAGAGUCACUCCAGCCCACGCUGCCCAACGCAGCGCGGGCCUAUCUCCCAAACAGUGCCGUGUGGCCCUGUUUGAUAGGGGGACUAUGCCCCCUGUGUCUGACAUCAGAUGUGGGGGCGUGGCUAGCCGGCCCCUGCAUCUGACGUCAAAUGUGGGGAGCAACGCCAGGGGGCCGUGGCGGCAACUGCACACAGACCGCCACCAGCCUCACUACGCUCCUGGCUGGUGCAAAGGAACAAUAUACUCAAUACUACAGAAGGGUAUCCAAGCAGUCUGCAUGAUUACAUCAAGUAACUCUUCCUCGGGUUAUUUUCCUGAGUGUUAUUCCCACUUACUGUAAUUUUAGCACAAACCAAUAACAUAGAAAAUGCUUUAUAGAUAGGCUCUUAUGUUAUAGCUGACUCUGUUUUAUAAUCUGUGGGAACUACACCUAAACUGAGGAGCACUUCACAGCUGUAGCUAGAAUAAGGAAACUUGAACUUUGAAAAUUAAUAUAUUAUUAAGAGUGAUUCACACAUCCCAGUGUUGACUCUUUUUUACAAUUUUUUUAAAUUUCUCUGAAUUUUCUAAUUAGAUUUUUGUUUACUGCAGAUUAAUUGCAGGAGUGUGUUUUUAAUGCAUAGAAUAUGCUUUAAGCAUUAUACCUUUAAAAAUAAUAAAUUCUGAAUUCAAAAUCACUCAGAUUUCCCAACUACUUUUAGAUCUAUGUAUUUGUGAACAGUCUCCUUUAGUAUGGCUAUAAUAUAUUUGUUAUGACCUGUCAAAUUUUUUUGGUAAUUUUUAAUUGCCCAUUUUGUAAUCAAAAUAGAUGAUUAAUUUUGAAAAUAUCAGUUUAAUCUAUUAUUCAACUAACACUGCACAUUUCAUUUAAUGCUCCUAAUAUGCCUUUUACUCAUUUUUGUAAAUAAAAUAGAAUGUUUAUUUGUUUUAAAAUGUCCUAUUUCUAUAGAGUAAAAUUAUUUGAAUAUUUUAAUUGUAUUAGCUUAUUGUUAUGGUAAAAGAUGCAAUUUAAUGGUAGGGCUUUUUAAAAUUUGGUGCUACUAAACUAUAUACUUCUUAA